CACGGGCGCUUGGUAAUGCCUAUUUUUCACUAUAAAAGCUACCCGGCCUAGACUCCAAUCGUCAGUCAAUUCGCAUUUAGCAAAGCAAUCUCAACUAAGUCAAUUUUUGUUAUCUAGUUAACAAAACAACUCAAACUACCAAAAUGUACAAGCUGUUCGUUUUCUCGUGCUUGAUCGCCGCUGCCGUCGCCGCUCCAGCUCCAGGAGUCGUUGUUGCCUCUCCAGUUGUGCACGCUGCUCCAGUUGCCGUCAGCCACCAGUCCUCGCACGUCGUGCAUCACGCUCCAGUCGUUAAGCAUGCCGUUGUUGCCCACCACACUCCAGUAGUUGCCGUGCACCACGCUCCAGUCGUCAAGGCCCUCCCAGUUGUCCACCACACUCCAGUCUUGACCAAGACCGUCGUGGCUUCCCCAGUUGUCCAUGCCGUCCACACCCCAGUCGUCCACCAUACCCCAAUCGUUCACCACACCCCAGUCCUGGCCAAGACCGUCGUCGCCGCUCCAGUCGUGCACUCCGUCCACCCAGUCCACUCCGUCCCAGUCGUCAAGAGCGUCGUCGUCCACCACUAAACCAUCCCAAUCCCAAAUCCCCAACAAACCAAUCCCCACUAACCUGAAAAGCAAAGACUAGCAACGAAUACUCCUCCUGGGAAUCGGAAUCAACGCAUUAAAGGAACUACAAAUAGAUUUGUACAUAGAAGAACAACCAGCCUCUGUAACUACAGUUUACCUUUUGCUAUAGAUAAACCAUGUAAAGAACAGUUUGAGUCUAGUAGAACAAUGCGAAUCAAAGACAUGCCAAGAAUGAAAGUGACGAUUCAAAAUACACACAACUUUGUUGAAAAAGUUUAA